CAACAACAACCCCACUCCGCCUCACGGAGAAAUAGCCGAAACGCCGGGAUGGAGGCACCGAGGAGAGUCGGCGGAGGUCGGGCUGCGAGAUGGACCCAAUCUGACUGGCCCUGGGGUGGAGUGGCCCUGGCUGCAGGCGAGCCUCUACGGUGGGACAGUGAAGCCGAGGUCUGCAGCCACAGUCUCCGUCUUCAUCCUCAACCAGAAACCGCAUCACCACUCAUCACCAUGGUUCUGAUCGGCGGACCCCUCGGCAUCUCCCUCGCCGGCACGCUCAAGCAGUACUCGGCGGGCCUGUACAACUCGCUGAAGCCGCUCGCGAACGCGUACGCGCGCGCCGCCGGCCACCGCAAGGUCGGCCUGCGGUACGACGACUUGAUCAUUGAGGAGCGCGUCGACGUCGAGAAGGCUCUCUCCCGCCUCCCCUCCAAGGAGGGCUACGACCGCGUGUACCGCAUGCGCGUGGCGUUCCAGCAGGACCUGAUGCGCCGCCCCCUCCCGAAGGAGGAGUGGCUCAAGGCCGAGGACGACGUGCGCUACCUCACCCCCUACAUCCAGGAGGUUUCUGCCGAGGACGCCGAGCGCGCCAAGUGGGACUCGAUCGAGGUCGAGCGCAAGGCCGUUUAAUUAAAAGCCUAGCCUAGACGAUGCAAAAUGCUACGGACGUGGGAGAUGGGA